GGUGUAUAUAAGAUGUCAUGAGGACCCGUGGAGAAUCAGAUGUAUCGCUCACCACCUUAAACUAAACUAAAUCAAAAACGAAAAGUUACAAUGGCUGCUACCGAUUACAAGUUCGAGGGCUGGCUUGGCCUUGACAAGAAUGCCGUCGAGGGCAACAUGGUAUGGAAGGAGUUCACUCCCAAGGCGUGGGAGGAGACCGAUAUCGACAUCAAGAUCACCCACUCCGGUAUCUGCGGCUCUGAUCUGCACACCCUGAGAAGCGGAUGGGGACCCACCAUGUACCCCUGCUGUGUCGGUCAUGAGAUCGUCGGUGUCGCCGUCCGCGUUGGUUCCAAGGCCGAGGGAGGCAUCAAGGUCGGUGACCGUGUCGGUGUUGGUGCUCAGAACGACUCUUGCCUUGGCCGCAAGGGCGACUGCGAGGAAUGUGCCUCCGGUAUGGAGCAGUACUGUAGCCAUGGAAUGGUUGGCACAUACAAUGGCGUCCACUACAAUGGCGACAAGUCGUACGGUGGCUACUCUCUGUACCACCGCCGCCCCAUGAUGUGCGGUGGUAUCACCCUUUACUCUCCUCUGAAGCACUACGGCUGCGGUCCCGGCAAGAAGGUCGGAGUUGUAGGAGUCGGUGGAUUGGGACACUUUGGUAUCCUGUUCGCCAAGGCCUUGGGCGCUGACAAGGUCGUCGCCAUCUCCCGCAAGGCCAACAAGAGGGAGGAUGCUCUCAAGCUGGGUGCUGAUGAGUACAUUGCGACUGAUGACGAGCCUGACUGGGCUAAGACCCACAACCGUUCCCUUGAUCUGAUCGUUUCCACUGUUUCUUCCUCCAAGAUGCCCAUCGUGCAAUACUGCUCUCUUCUCCGCACCGACGGUGCCUUCGUCCAGAUGGGUGCUCCCGAGGACGGUGCUCUGCAGAUCCCUGCAUUCGCUCUGAUCGGCCGCAGAGUCAAGAUGGGCGGUUCCCUGAUCGGCAGCCCUAGUGAGAUCCGGGAGAUGCUCCAGCUUGCCGCUGAGAAGGGUGUUCACCCCUGGAUCCAGGAGAGACCCAUGAAGGACGCCAACCAGGCCGUUGUCGACAUGGACGCUGGCAAGGCCCGCUACCGCUAUGUCCUUGUUAACGACCAGUAAAAUAACGA